UCGAUGAUCUCUAAGCGAAGUUUCCCCGUGUUAGGGCCUGCACGUGCUUGACUCCAGUCAGCCACCGUAGGCCCCACGAGCCGCUGAACAUUUUUCCCCCGUUCUUCGGCCCAUAGCUUGGCGCUUGCUCACCACCUUCCCUGCCUUGCGCACUCACCCCCUCCUUCCAUUCCUUCUCCCCUGCAGCAGCCUCCGCUGGCUGCGACAGCGCAUGCGUACUGACGCCCCCACGGGCCCGGCGUGGGAGGAGGGGAUGGAAAUAAGGCUGGGCCUGGCAGCUCGCGCGCGCUCCCGCCCCUCCCCUCCCACCGCUGGGCGCGCGCCGGGCGGUGCAGCUCCGCCAGGUCCGAGGGCAGCGCCGCAGCUGCAGUGGCCGCCGCGGGAGGGGCUCGGAGCCCCGCCCCCGGGGAGGGGCCGCCCGCAGGUCUCCCGUCUAGCCCUCACGGCCCCAGCCUCAUGCCGGGGAUGAAACUUAGCGACAAGAAGGAAGCAGUUGACGCGGCGUCAGUGGACUGAGACCAACCCAAGAGCCGGGUACUCCAGCCCCAGCCCCAUCAGGCUGAUAAUCACCGGCGGCGUGGCCCCCUUCCCCGUCCUAGGCCCUCCUUCUAGGUUCCUGGGCCAGCAAGAUGCUGGAGCGAGAUGCAGAGUCCGCGGCCGGGGACACCGAUCCUCGUCCCGCUGGUAAGGAACCAGUGACCAAGGGAGGAGCUCCCCACCAGGGCCCGCCGCAGACGCCCAGCCAGUCGGUUCCAGGGCCCGCUCUGUCCGCGGGGGCGCCUUCCCGACCCCGCCGGCGGCCCCCGCCCCAGCGCCCGCACCGCUGCCCCGACUGCGACAAGGCCUUCUCGUACCCGUCCAAGCUGGCCACGCACCGGCUGGCACACGGCGGCGCCCGCCCGCACCCGUGCCCCGACUGCCCCAAGGCCUUCUCCUACCCCUCCAAGCUGGCGGCCCACCGCCUCACGCACAGCGGCGCACGCCCGCACCCGUGUCCGCACUGCCCGAAGGCCUUCGGCCACCGCUCCAAGCUGGCCGCCCACCUCUGGACCCACGCGCCCGCCCGCCCCUACCCGUGCCCCGACUGCCCCAAGUCCUUCUGCUACCCCUCCAAGCUGGCGGCCCACCGCCACACGCACCAUGCCACCGACGCCCGCCCCUACCCUUGCCCGCACUGCCCCAAGGCUUUUUCAUUCCCUUCCAAACUGGCUGCCCAUCGCCUCUGUCACGACCCCCCCACCGCGCCGGGCAGCCAGCCCGCGGCCCGGCAUCACUGCUCCAGCUGCGGCCAGGCGUUUGGCCAAAAACGCCUCCUGCUCCUUCAUCAACGCAGCCACCCCGCGGCUGAGAGCCAGGGGGAGCCAGAGUGAGCCCUCCCCUGGGCUCCCUGGCCCCCUCUGCCGCCAGCCCCGUCAAUACAGAGGCGGUGUUUCUAAGCCAGGCUGUAUGGGCUUGCUGCUCCCAGACGGCUGGCUGGCAGGGAGGUUGGCCCCUCAUCCUGGGCUCAAGCUUAGAAGCUGGAGGAACUCUUUGCUCACCUGCUUGGGGGAGGGGAAGGCAUCACCCAGAGAGAGUUAGCACUGGGCCCCAAACCAUGAACCUGGAGGUAUGGUUUGGGAGCCCUGGCUCUGGUUUUCCCUUCUUAUGGCAAAGGUAAAAAGACGGCCCCUACAGCGGGCUCGUGAGGAGGGUGGGGAACAGGCCCUCUCCAUAUUGUUGUGAGUUUAAAUGAGCGCCUCCACUCUGGCCAUUGCCUGUAUCUAUAACAAAUUGAAAAUGCACACACGCUCAUGACAGCUCUUCCACUUCCAAGAAUUGAUCCUGUAGAUAAACUCGAGUACAUGAAACAGGCACGAGAGGCAGGAUGUUCACUGCAGCGGGAUGGUUGGGGCCAAUGAUGGGAACCAACCAGGUGCCCAUAGAUAGGGGAGUGGCUGAUGAAUCAGAACACAGCCACAGAAUGGAGUAUGUAGCUGGAGGGAAAAAAGGCAGCUCUGUAUGUACUCAUGGAAAGAUUCACGAGAUAUACUAAAGGAUAAAAGCAAGAACAAAUGUGGUAUUACCAAUAGUAUGAAAACAUUGUGAAGCCCAAGCUUUGGAGGCGGUCCUGACCCACUACUUAGGAACAGAGGGGCUUGGACAAGCUGUCACUUCUCUGGCCCCAGAGGCCUUAUCUAUAAAAUGGGAGUGUUGAAGGCCUCCAUUAGGGCACAAGCCCCCUCUCGGGCAAAGUCAGUUCCCCUCUUGGAGCCUGUUUCUCCUGCUAUGAAAUAAGGAUGGUCGAGCUAACAGUGGACUGCUCAUCAUUCUCCAGACACGAAUUAAGCACCUACUGUGUGCUGGGCCCUGCACAGGGCAUCAGGAACGCAGCAGUGAACAAGACAGACCUGGUCUAGGGAAGGAAGUGGACACGAAUCAAGUAGAGGCAAAAAAAUAAGUAAGGAAGUCAAGUCUGUUUUGAAGAAUAAGGGGAGCCUUGCCCCCCUCCCCCCACCAGAUACCAAGAAUUAUUACAAAGCUGUAGUGAUGACACCUGUGGUUUUGACUUGGGGACAGGCCAGUGGAAGAGAUCUGAGAGCUCAGAAACAGACCUGUGCUUAUAGGAGGUCCUGACAUGUGACAGUCCCCAUGUGUAGAUCAGAGAUUGGCAAACAACCUCUGUAAAGGGCCAGACAGUAUAUAUUUUUACGUUUUGCAGGCCACACUGUCUGCUACAACUACCCAACUCUGCCAUUGUAGCACGAAAGCAGCCGUACACAUUGAUACAUAAAUGAAUGAGUGUGGCGGUGUUCCAAUAAAACUUUAUUUACAAAAACAGUAGGUGGCCUGGAUUUUGCCUCUGGGCUAUAGUCUGCCGACCCCUGCUGUAGACGAGUGGGGAAUGGAUAGGCUGAUCUGUGAGUGAGCUGAGAGAUAUGGAAAAAAUUAAAUGGGACCCUGUGGUAGGCAGAAUAAUGGUCCCCCACAGAUAUCCACAUCCUAACCCCCAGAACCUGUAUGUUAGCUUCCACAUGGCAGAAAGAACUUUGUAGAUGUGAUUAAGGGUCUUAUCUUGAGAGGAGAUUGUUCUGAUUGUUCCAGUGGGCCCAAUGUCAUCACAAGGGUCUUCAUACUGGGAAGAGGAAAGUGAAAGAGUCACAGGAGAUGUGACAAUGGAAGCAGAGAUUGGAGUGCUGCAGGGCCAAGAGUCAAGGAAGGGCAGUCUCUCGAGAUUAUAAAAGGCUAGGAAAUGGAUUCUCCUCUGGAGCCCCCAAAAGAAACACAGCCUUGCUAAUAACACCAUGAUUUUAGCCCACAAAGAUUGAUUUUGGACUGCUGACCUCCAGAACAGAAGAAAAUAAAGUCGUAUUGUUUAAAGCCA